GAGAGGGGCACAGCUGAGAACUUCUGUUGUUCCUGCUGGCCCUUCCUGCUGACUUGAGCCAAGGCUGAGGCCUAGCUAUCUCUGCUAGGUCGUGUCACCACUAUUGCUAACUGGAUUCAACAGACCUGGACUGCUGGUGUAUCCAUGAGGUGUUUGGAGUGAGUGGAUAAAGCUGCUGCUGCUGACCUGCGAACUGAACUGCCGAUUUCCAGACAACAGACAGAAAUUGCUCCAAGGAACCUUUCCAAACAGGCAGAGCGGCUGACCCUUUCCUGGGACCCAAGCAUCCGCAGAAGCUCAAAGAAGGUACCUCAAACCGGGAUUUCUACGGUCACCACUGAGAAGUCACCACCACUGAGCAGCCCCAUGGCUGGGCUUGUGCUCUGAGACUCAGGGAGAGGACAGGCAGGAUAGUGCCCGGGUGCUCCAGUAGACACCUGGACCGAGCACUGGGCCCCGCCCCACGUGCCACGCUUUAAAGAGCCGUAAGGCCGGGUGCUCCUUCAGGGUCGCGGUCGCAGUCAUGGAGGGCACGCCCGCAGCCAACUGGAGUAUCGAGUUGGAGCUCGGGAGUGGAGUGCCACCAGGGGAGGAGGGUAACCGCACAGCCGGGCCGCCACGACGCAACGAGGCCCUGGCGCGCGUGGAGGUGGCGGUCCUGUGCCUCAUUCUGUUCCUGGCUCUGAGUGGCAACGCGUGCGUGCUGCUGGCGCUGCGCACGACGCGCCACAAGCACUCGCGCCUCUUCUUUUUCAUGAAGCACCUGAGCAUCGCCGACCUGGUGGUGGCUGUGUUCCAGGUGCUCCCACAGUUGCUGUGGGACAUCACCUUCCGCUUCUACGGGCCCGAUCUGCUGUGUCGUCUGGUCAAAUACUUGCAGGUGGUGGGCAUGUUCGCCUCUACCUACCUGCUGCUGCUGAUGUCGCUUGACCGCUGCCUGGCCAUCUGCCAGCCUCUGCGCUCCCUGCGCCGCCGAACCGACCGCCUGGCGGUGCUGGCGACCUGGCUCGGUUGCCUGGUGGCCAGCGCGCCGCAGGUGCACAUUUUCUCCCUGCGCGAAGUGGCAGACGGCGUCUUCGAUUGCUGGGCGGUCUUCAUCCAGCCCUGGGGACCCAAGGCCUACGUCACAUGGAUCACGCUCUCCGUCUACAUUGUUCCGGUUAUCGUGCUGGCCGCCUGCUAUGGUCUCAUCAGCUUCAAGAUCUGGCAGAAUCUACGACUCAAGACGGCAGCGGCGGCGGCAGCCGCUGAGGGGAAUGACACGGCCGGUGGACCUGGGCGUGCGGCGUUGGCACGGGUCAGUAGUGUCAAGCUUAUCUCCAAGGCCAAAAUCCGCACAGUGAAGAUGACCUUCAUCAUCGUACUGGCCUUCAUCGUGUGCUGGACGCCUUUCUUCUUCGUGCAGAUGUGGAGCGUCUGGGAUGUCAAUGCGCCCAAGGAAGCGUCUGCCUUCAUCAUUGCCAUGCUCUUGGCCAGCCUCAACAGCUGCUGCAAUCCGUGGAUCUACAUGCUCUUCACAGGCCACCUCUUCCACGAACUUGUGCAGCGCUUCCUCUGCUGCUCUGCUCGGUACCUGAAGGGCAGCCGGCCUGGAGAGACAAGCAUCAGCAAGAAAAGCAACUCAUCCACCUUUGUCCUGAGUCGUCGCAGCUCCAGCCAGAGGAGCUGCUCUCAGCCAUCCUCGGCAUGAGCCAUAGGCCCGGCCCACCAGGCCAGCUGCUGGGUUGUGUGGCCUCCGGCCUUCCCCCUGGUGGCUGUGCAUGGAGCUGUAUAAGGUGCCUACUGGUUUGCAUCCCUCCUCUCCUUGGGUUGGCUAGAGUGUGUGCCAUAUUCUGACUUGGGGUGGGGAAAUGUCUCUAUGGGAGAUGGUGGGGUCACUCAGCCAUCAGAGGGUCAUGUGGACUCCCACCUGUUUCUACUACCCUGACCCAAGUGCUCUGGGGUGGUGGGUAGACUCUCCUGAACUUGGCUUUUGUUCCUUUCACCCCUUGUUUAUCCUGGUAUUUUGUAAAAGACAGUAUGCCUAGGAUUGGUGACCAGUUACUUGAGGAAGCUCAGUGGGCUGAGACAAGGAGUGGGAAAUGAGGCUGCAGACGCAGAGUGGUGCCAAUUUCCUUCUGACCUGAGUUGUGUGGACAGAUCUUAGCAUCCUUAGGGCAUCCCAGAAAGCACUGGGAUCUGGAAACUGAGUCAUGAGGCUACCUGGCUUUGGAAAGCAAUGAGAAUGACAGCCGAAAUGAUGAAGACGCUGUUGCUUGACAAACACUUGGGAAGGAAACGGGAAUGAGAACCAUCCAGGACAGACAAAGGAGAAGAGCUGUUUGUACACGACACUGACCCAUGCAUAUGUGAUCCUAGGAGCACGCACAUACAUAUGUGUACAUGCACACAUAUGCAAAUAGCCCUUCUCUCCUCUCUCUCUCUCUCUCUCUCUCUCUCUCUCUCUCUCUCUCUCUCUCCCCUUUUCUCCCCAGAGCUGACAGAUAAAUAGCAAUGUUAUUGACAGAUCAAUGUACAAAGAUAGUUCAUAUUUCUUUAUACUGGUGACCAACGGGAAAGUGAAGUUAGGAGCGUCUACCCAUAAAAGUCCCAGAAAGAGUAAAGGAUGGCUAGGGUUAACAGAGGAAAUAAAUGUAAGCCUGUGCCCUGGAAGCUGCAAGUAAGCGCUGGAGGAAAAUAAAGGAGAAUAAAUAAAUGGGGCCACCUUGUGCUUAUGAAUCAGAGAUGUAAUAUUGUCAGACAGAUUUGAUGUAAUCCUCAUCAAAAUCCUAACUGGCUUCUGUAGAAAUUGAUAAAAUAAUCCUAAAAUUCCCAAGGAGAUGGGAAUUGGGGUGGUUAAGAUGCUUUGGAAUUUGUGGUGGGCACAUAAUUCUGAGAAUGCAUUAAAAAUUAAUAAAACAAACUCCAGAGGCUGAAGAGAUGGCUCACUCAGAGAAGUGUGUGCUGAGUAAGAAUGAGAACCCAACAUCAGCAUCCCAGCAUCUAUGUAGAAGCCAGGCUCAGUGUGUCUUAACCUCAGUCCCGGGGUGGGUACGGUGGGGUGGAGGGGGUGACAGGUGGAUCCCAGAGACUUGCAGGGCAGCCAGCCUAGAAGAUUGAUCAACUUUAAUCUUCGAGUUCAGCAAAAGACUAUAUCUCAAGAUAAAUAAGUAAAUAAAAAUAACAUGGAGAGCGAUGGAAGAAAACACUGGAAGUUGACCUUUGGUCUCUACAUGUACCUGUGGAUAUACAACAUAUAUACACUUACAUACAACAAGAUACACGCACAUAUGCACACACAAAACCACUAAACUAUAUACACUUAAAAAUGUGAAAAAGGCUCAAGAGCUAAGUUCUGAGGAAACCAAAGUGACGGAUGAAUUUCUUGGCCUAUCUUCCUCGAGUGCAGUUUCUCCUGUGACUCUCCAAGUGUCUGCAGGAGAGGAAAGCUCCACUCUGGCCUGUGAUCUCAGUGACCAUCCCCAUCUGGCUGUAACAGAGGCCGGAGAGAUGCUCUGCAUUUCCCCAGGAGUCUCAAAGGAUUUGUUUAUCAGAUACACAUGCUGUCAAAUGUCCUCUCAGCUUUGAGGGCAGGAUAUGACUCUGUCUCAGAAAUACCUUUGGCCAUUAACUAUAGGACAUAACUGAAUAGUGGCUUUCUGUCUGUGGCUGGUCACUGUGCACUCUGGAGUCCCUUUGAAAUACCCAGACUUAAUUCAGGACUUACUGAAAUAUAUCAAGGGUGCUUCCAAAAAGCCUAGAACCUGUAGAUUCACUUUAUCACACCCCCCCUUCUGAACACAUUUUCUUUUGCUACACUGCACUAUUUGCCCAAACCCAUGCACAUGCCUAUGUGCACACAUGCAUAUAUGAAUAUGAGCCAGUACAGUCCAAUGUUCAGGGAGGAGAGAGCCAUGUGACACAGUGCCCAUGUUCAGCACCCACAAUUUAGGGCAAGCUGGCUGACACCAGCUAGAGACAGGAGGCAAUGUCAUUUAUGGACCCAGAGGCAUUAACCCUUAUGCAUGCAGUGUCACACCAGCUAGUCCCUGCUCUUUGAGAAGCUAGCAAGAUUCGGCUUGAGGGUGUCUGUGCCUAUGUGCUAGACCAUCCUGCUCACCUGGGUACAGACAUGGCAGUCGCCUGCUAGCAUCCUUGUCUUGCAGAUGUUCUGAGUCUCUGCUGUUCACAAAGAAGUUGCUAUCCUUAGAACCAACAGAUGUCACCAGGGGUCAAGGGAAGGAGUGGCUCAGAUAUUCUGACCCUGGACACAGUGUUCCUGAGAGCCCCAGAGGGCGGAGAAAACUGCUGGAGUGCUGCUGUCAUUCUAUAUGAAAGCUCUAGCUGGUCCUUGGGUCUUGUCCUGACACCCAUGUCUAUGACAUAAGUGACAAUUGACUUCACCAGCAACAUUGGAUUGGUACCGUACUGUUCCAAUCUCAAGAGAAUAUUUUUUAUCAUUUUUCCAAUUGUUAUUUCCCCCAAUGAAAGCCGAGGAUCUCUAGGGGUUCAAAACACUCCCCCUACCCCAAUCCUGUGGCCUGUAUUCUCCUUUCUCAGACCCCACACUUGACGUCCCCAAUGUUUCUUCCUGUUUUCCAACCUGUUUACAAUUCAUGUGCAGAGUUGAAUGUCGUAUUAAAUUGGAGCAUGCUCAUUGUUCUGGAAUGUUUCAUUGUUCUGACCAUGAGGUGUCAGUGUGCAAACUGUGAGAGUUAUUUAGGCCCUGCAAGAAAAGGGUCUGCUUUAAAAAUCUGUGGUCUCCUUUUGGGACAAAUCUGAGCCAUCACUUCAGGGAGCACAAGGGGAUGAUGGUCCUGGCUUUCAGCACAUUAUCUUCUGUAUUCAAGUGCAAUGAGAUUCCCCUCAGCACACAGUGUGAAUUCCUUGAUAUUGUUAUCUCAUGGAUAUUUGUGUGGUGCCCAGUGUCCCCUGCAUCUGGUGAGUGCUGCAGCCAAUCCUGAAACACCUGCUUUACCAGCUGCUUCAUAAAUGGUGCACUUAAUAAACAGUUUUUUUUUUUCUG